GCAGGCCUGCCUUUGUGAGGACAGAAAGCUGUUUUUUUCCUCUGGGCCGGUGAGAAUGAAACUCCUGGUGGGCGGGUCUAGUACUUUUCCCCACCUUGUCAUGCCAGCGUUUUGGGUUGCCUCAUCUCCACGCCGAGUCGAUUUAAAGGUCUGGGCCUUCAAAAGCAGCUGCACUAGGACCUGAAGGCUCACCCGGCAGCACAUCUUCUCCCUCAAGACUCUCCUAAGCAACGUUGAAGCGGAAAUAAAAUGGCGGACCAAUGGCAAAAGGCUUAUGACUUUGCAGUAGCGGUGGCAAGGAAGGCAGGAGAGGUAAUUCGAAAAGCUGGAGAGAGUGAAAUAAGAGUUAUGACCAAGAGCUCCUCCGUGGACCUGGUGACCAAGACUGACGAGAGGGUGGAGAAAAUUAUCAUCGGGUCCCUAAAGGAGGAAUUCGGAGAGGGGACACACUGUUUCAUCGGGGAGGAGUCUGUCGCAAAGGGGGAGCCAUGCAUCUUGACUGACAAACCUACGUGGAUCAUCGACCCGGUAGAUGGCACCACAAACUUCGUGCAUGGAUUCCCAUUUGUGGCAGUUUCUAUUGCCUUUGCUGUCAAUAAACAGUUGGAGUUCGGUGUGGUGUACAGCUGCUUGGAGGACAAGAUGUAUAAAGCCAGGAAAGGGAAAGGUGCAUUCUGUAACGACGAACUCAUUCAAGUGUCUGAUGUAAAAGAUAUCCACAAGUCUAUUAUCAUUUCCGAGCAUGGAACUGACAGGACUCCGGAGAAAGUGACCAAAAUCUUCUCCACCAUGCAAAAGAUUCUCUGCAUCCCAGUGCAUGGGCUCCGAGGGUCAGGAACAGCUGCUACCAACAUGUGUCUAGUGGCAACCGGGGCGGUUGAGGCCUUCUUUGAAAUUGGGAUUCACUGCUGGGAUAUUGCUGCUGGAGCAGUUAUUGUCCAAGAAGCUGGAGGAAUCCUUCUGGACGUUGAUGGGGGACCAUUUGAUUUGAUGUCUCGAAGGAUGGUCUCUGCGAACAACGACGUCAUUGCCAAACGCAUCAUCAAGGAAAUCGAAAUAUUCCCAUCAAAGAGGGAUGAUGCACCAAUUGAGAAACACUGAGAACAUUUUUAAAGGCCGGCUGCUCCGAAUUUACAUGUGGACUGGAAAACAAGAACAAGAAAGAAAAAAAAAGUAUUUUUAUACACUUUGUCUAAAUUAAGUUACUGUGCCGCAAUCAUCCCUGAUUGUCUAAGUGUGAAAGCUUAAUGUGAUUUGUUGGCGGCAUAUUCUGCCCAUCCAUAUCAUUUUACUGAUCAUUUCAAGCUUGUAUUAAAUUUGAUUGCCUCUCUGUUUUGUGCGUUAAAUAUUUUGAUUAAAGGAGGAAAUUGUUGUCAUU